CACAAUGCGAAGCAGAGAACAUGAAUUGGAAUAGAAAAUAUAGUCCUGGAGAGAACUGGAGAAUUAAGACCAGUAUGCCUUCCGAGAUUGAGAAGGACCCCGCCCUCCACAAAUACUGGCAUAAGAGGCACUCUCUCUUCCACAGGUGGUUGUUUAUUUCUGUAUUAUUUGUCCUCCAGUGUAAGAAGUGUUUAAAAAAGGUAUUUAAAUGAAACCAACGUUAUGUUUGCUUGGCAACAGGUUCGACGAGGGCAUCAAGUUGGACCGCGAGAGCUGGUUCAGCGUCACACCAGAGGUAGUGGCGCGGCACAUAGCCGAGAAAUACCAGUAUGACGUAGUCUUGGACGCGUUCUGCGGUGCAGGCGGGAACACCAUACAGUUCGCCCGGACCUGCAACAGAGUUGUCGCGAUUGACAUAGACGCCAACAAAAUUGCGAUGACGAAACACAACGCUACGAUAUACGGCGUACACGAGAAGAUUGAAUUCAUUACCGGCGACUUCUUCGAGUUGGCACCUCGUCUCAAAGCGGACAUGGUCUUCCUCAGCCCGCCAUGGGGAGGCCUGUCAUAUUCCAAGGUAAGUUGACUUUAAAGUUUUAUUGUGGCAUCAUGUGUCCAUUGCCAUUAUUAUUGUUGCUACGAGUACUUAUUUACGAAACAUCGCAGGAGAUGAUACUUAGAUAAAUGAUAUCGUUUGAAGUGUAUUUAUUGAAUUAAUUUUCAUUUCAUUAACAUGUGUGUUGUCCACAGGCGAAGGAGUACGACGUUGAGUCGAUGCUGAGGCCGAGACCGGCGUCAGAGCUGAUGCAAGUGGCGCGUACGAUAUCACCCAAUGUGGAAUUAUUCCUCCCUAGGAAUACCAGGCACGACCAAGUAAGACAUCGCCCCACAUUCUGCUCAUAAUAUAUUGUGUUCUGAUUCAUUCUCCUAUUGCUUCAAUGUUUGUAAAAGUUUGUUACGAUGGUUUAUUCUUUUGUUGGGGCGUAUCAUUUUAUAAUGUGUUUGUUUAUUUUACAGAUUGUGUCUUUGGCGCGUAAGCAGGGGUGGAGAUCGAAAAAAAUUACAUAGGGAGAGGCCUCGUGGGCAUAACGGCAUACUAUUUCUGAAAUCUGGUUUUAGAAGUAGUAUGUCCUUAACAGUUCACGCCUGGACUUUGGGCCUCCUCCACACAAGAGGAGUUUUCCUUAAUGUCCUCGCUUGGCAGGCGGGUUAGAGAUCUAUCUCAAGAUCUGGUUCAUCAGAGAGCGCUGCCCUUAGUCGAGUCUCGCGACACCCGCGGGAAGAGUGACUAAUGUAUUGUUGUAAAUACUCAACGAAUGAAUUAUUCUAAAUCUGUGAUAUAUUUUUAUAUUAAUUUAUAAAUAAAUGGAACGAUUUACUAAAUUA